AUGAAGAAAGAAAGAGCCAGAAGAAACUCCAAAACAAAAGGCCAACAGUCAUCAUCCAAAACAACAACAAACAAGAAGCCUAGCAGAUGGGAGGACCCAAAUUAUGUGCAGAUCAAGAGCAACAUGCUCUCUUUUGCAACAACAAUUGACAACAUCAGACAGAGACUUGAACGUCGGCACGAUGUCUUAACACUGCUAUCAAAGACACCUUUUUGGGCAUUAAUAGAAGCAUAUAUCCAGAGAAGGUUAACAAAGGUAGAGUGCAUGAAGUCUAACUACGACAUUGUGAGACUCAUACAAGUUUAUGACACAAAGACAAAGAAGUUCAAGUUUAAUGAUGUUGACAGCGAGAUGAAAAGCAAUGAUGUGGCUGAAAUUUUUGGCUUGCCAAACAGUGGCAAGAAGUUACCAAGCACAACAACCUCAACAAGGCCAAAAUUGCAGUUUGUAGAGAAAUACUUCGCGCGGUAUAAGAAGAUAACAAAGACUUCAAUUGAUAAGUGCUUGAAUUUAGCACUUGAAGAUGAAACAGAAGAGGGUGCUAUGGAUGUAACAAGAUUGAUAAUCCUACAACUCUUCAUGACCAAUCUAUUCUGCAACUCUGGUUGUACACUUGCUUGGACAUAUACAACCACAAUAGACACCUUAGAAGAGAUGGGGAAAUAUAAUUGGGCUCGAGGAGUUUUGGACUACAUGUAUUUUGGAUUAGAACAAGCAAAGAAGAACAAGAAGGACAAAAAAAAGCAGCCAAGCGUGAGUGGCUGCCUAAUCCUAAUACUGUAUUGGCUGUGUCAAAGAUCUAACCUGCUCACUCCAAUUCCUGGAAGAGAACAAAUGACACCAGCUGCUGUCAAAUGGAGUCUUCAAGAACUCAGCGCGAAGCUUCAUCAUCUAAAGAACAACCAGAUAAAGAUAAAAAGCACUAAAGCUCAAGAGCCAGAUGAUGAUUCUGAAGAAGAGAAUGAAGAGAAUGAUGAUGAUUCUGAAGAAGAGAAUGAAGAGGAGGAUGAUGGUGCUGAAGAAGUGAAUGAAGAGCAUGAUGAUGAUGCUGCUGAAGAAGUGAGUGAAGACAAGGAUGAUGCUGCUGAAGAGGUGAAUGAAGAGCAUGGUGAUGCUGCUGAAGAAGAAAAUGAAGAGGAGGAGGAUGCUGAAGUGAAUGGAGACCAUGAUGAUGCUGCUGAACAUCAAGUCCAGCAACACCACCAGGUACAAGAAGACCUCCAAAAUGAAAUCCCAGAAUACCGGAAUUCAACGUUGUUUGAGGAAAUUGUUAGAUCAGUACCAGAAUACAAGGAGGAUGAAAUACAGCUUACAAAAGAGUAUAUGAUGGCGAUCAAUAAUGCUGCUGAAUAUUGGACGAAGAAAGGAGAGCAUCAAAAGAUCCGUGAUGCAAUAGCAUCUUGCAUUAAAAAGAAUAAAUUGAUUCAGAUGCUGUACAAUGAAAAAGAAGAAUUAUUGAAGCAUCAGCAGCAACUGCAGAAGAUGGUUAAGGAAGCAGCACAUCACAAGAAAGUCAUACAAUUAGAUGUUCAUCAGGAAAAAUCCUACAUGACAAAGCUGCAGCUAGAAAAUGAUCAACUUCUUGCAGAGAAGAUUUCCUACUUGGACAUUAUUAAUGAAAAGGAAGCUGUUAUUGUCUCGUUGAGAGAUCAAAAAUUGGCGCAAGAACUGCAGAGUGAAGAGGAUAAAGAAGAAAAGAAAGAAGGUGAAGCAGAAAAGAUAAAAUCAAGAAAACCAGAUUCCUCAUUCCCUAAAGCAGAGACGAGAGCACAAAAGAGAAAGGCACAAAAAAAACCAGCCAAAUCAAAGAAGAGGGCCAAAGGUUCAUUCCUGCAAUGGAAUACAUAUCAGGUCUACAACAUGCUGGAUGAACUCUCACAAGAAAAGCUGAGAAAUUACUGGAAAAAUUCAGUUGAUGGCACUGCUUUUUGGCAAGGGACAAGCAUUUUGUUCAAAGAUGACAUACAAAGCUUAUUAGGAGAUACUGAAAUUUAUGGACAAAUCAUAGAUGCGUAUGCCGAGAUACUUCAUCAUGAUGAAAAGAAGGACCCUAAAAGACAACAGAAUGCAUACAUCACGUGCUACGCAUACAGGUAUCUCACAGAUAAAAUGCACCCAAGAACAUUCGAUGAAUAUUUUGUCAAACUCCUUGAAUGCAUAGGGAAAACUUCAAAGGUGUUCAUACCAAUAACGGAUGGCGGACACCACACCCUGCUUGUCUUCGACACCAAUUCAUUGCAAUGGACGCACUACAACUCAUUGAGGGGGGAAACUGAGCAAACCGUUGAAUACUACAACAAAAAAGCAAUAAUUUUGGCAGACGCAACAAAUGUCUUCCUCAAUAGCGUCAAGGAAUGUGCUCCAACAAUUUUAGAAAAAAACAGCUUCCCACUUCUUGAGUUCAAGAAGCCCGUCUACAAUGAAGAAUUGACCGACGAGAUUGCAAAACUUCUUCGAAACCUGAAAGUUACACCAGCAAUUGCUCAAACAAUACAAUAUCUGAUGAAACAUGAUCCCACCAAAUUCAACUUUAAGGAGGACAGGGAAUGCGCCCAACAACCUGAAAAGUCGGACGCUUUUUACCUACAAAAUAGGACAAUAUUGUACAAACAUAACAUUGAAAAGCUGAUGGGAGAUGCUCCAAUUUCUGCACUAAUCAUCGAUGCUUAUGGAGAGGCACUUAAUGAUGAUGCGAAGCAGAACCCUCAGAAACAGAAAAAUGCAUAUUUGUCCGCCAAUAACUAUAUGUUUUUGCGAGGUGCCUCACACAAGCUGACAUAUCAUGCUUUCUAUAUGCCACUCCUAGAAAAUAUUGGAAGAGUUGAUAGAGUGUUCAUACCAAUUACAGAUGAGAACCACCAUACGCUGCUUGUCUUUGACACCGGUGCAGCAAAAUGGACACACUUCAACUCAUUCAGGGGGACAUCAGAACAAACUCUCCAAUAUUAUCACAAGAAGGCAAUUGUUUUGGUUGAGACAGCAAAUAUAUUCCUCUGUCUUCUUAAGGAAUGUGCUGCAGUAUCACUGAAAACAAAACUCGUCCAAAUUCCUGAUUUUGAUGCCAAGAAGCCGAGAGGGCUUAAUGAAGCUUCAGCUAGAAUGAUAACAAAAAUACUUGCCAGCAACGAACUUACACCAGAAUAUGCUCAGACAAUGAAGUAUCUGAUUUGUCAUGAUACUACUAACUUCAAGCUGACUGAGAACAGAGAAUGUCCCCAACAAGCAAACAAUUCCAAUGAUUGUGGCGUCUUUGUCAUGCACUUCAUGAAGCAGCUUUCCAAAGACCAACAAAUAGAAUCAGAUUUCAACAAAGAAAAGGUCUGGCAAAUGAGAAAAGAAGUCCUCAUGAAAAUUAUGAGCAAUGAAAGAAGUUGGAUUUCCAUCAAAGAAAGAGAAGAGAGAAAUGCAAAAUAA